AGUGUCGGGGAGCGAGUCAGGCCUGCCGCCGCCGCAUCGGGCUGCCGCAGCCCCGGGCCAGGCCCUGGCCCGGCAGAAGCACAGAUCCCAUGACCCCUGCUGUCUUCCUCCAUGCUCUUGACAUGUCCCAUCGAUGGACAUCAAACCCAAGACUCUGCAUGAUCCAUGCAUGACCAGUGAAGAAAUGCCAUGGGAAACAAGGUGAUGAUUUAAAAUGGAAACAGAACUUCAGAGACAGAGGCAGAACGAUCAUUACAGAUUAAAACAAGCUUGGCACUCAGUCUCAAAACAUAUGAAAAGGAAAGGAGUGACUGGUCAGAAAGGAUCUUACUUCCAGGAAUACUUGGUUGUCCUCCCAGGAUACUAUCCCCAGAUGUCUCCCAACGACAGACUUGAGCAGUGCUGCCAAAGGCAUGCCACUUCGAUUUUCUAGCUGCCCUAAGUACUUGUGCCUGAGAUCUGAGUGAGCCCAGUGGGAAGUAGCCUCCGGCUAUGCAUAUGGAGAAUGAAAAUACUAGUGCACUGACUAGAAGUGUGGGUUGAUGAUCUGCUGAGGCACAUGGAUGCAGUGAGAACAUUAAUGAGCUGAAGGAGAGUAGGUCCCAAACUGCUUGAGUGCCAUGGGACAUCUUUAAAAUGCAGAAUAUUCUUGAAAACAUUAUGAACUGCUGAGUGCCCACCAAGGGAAGGGGGAAAUUGCCACCACUCCUCCCAGUCUUGAGUCAGCAGCAACACAAACACAGGCUUCCUAGGCCUCCCUCCCCAGCAGUCAGGGCAUCUGUUAUGCACCUUAAGCUGUACUGGAAACUCCAGAAGAAAGAGCGCCCUCUUGAGGUCAGCAGGGACACCCUGAGAACGCCUAUGAGCCACGGAAAGGCCAACGGUGAUGUGAAGGCCAGAGCCAGCUACAUGAAACCCACCGUCCUUCCUUCAGCCUCCCUUGUCAAAGCAUCGUCUAGAAAACCUUUUGGGAUCCUUUCUCCAAAUGUUCUGUGCAGUAUGAGUGGGAAGAGCCCUGUGGAGAACAGCUUGAAUGUUAAAGCCAAAAAGAACGUGCUGUCUGCAGCCGUGCACCAGAGUGAGGAGGGGCUGCCUGGGACCUGGGCUAUUGUCAAACCUGGGAACACGAAGGAGAAAAUUGCAUUCUUUGCAGCCCACCAGUAUAGCAAUAGGAUAGGCUCUAUGAAAAUUAAAAGUUCCUGGGAUAUCGAUGGGAGAGCCACUAAAAGAAGGAAAAAAUCAGGAGAUCUUAAGAAAGCCAAGUUACAGCUAGAAAUGAUGAGAGAGAUCAACAGCCAGUGCUACCAGUCUGAGCCGUUUGUGUGUGGCGUGGAGCACUGUUCUGUGCACUACAUGAGUGACAGCGGGGACGGUGUCUGUGCUGCGAGGCCUCUGUCGGUGAUACAGAUGGUUGCCUUCCUUGAGCAGAAGGCCACUGCUCUGCUAGCUAGCUGCACAAAAAACUGCACAAAUUCGCCUGCCAUUGUGAAGAUUUCUGGCCAGUCCCGAGGUAUACCGCCUGCACCUGAGCCCUUCUCUGCUCCGGAAACUUGUGAAGAACCCAAGGAACAAGAAAAUCCCGAGACUGGCAGAUCCCAGGGUGAGCCAGUCCGUGUCCUUGACAUGGUAGCCAGGUUGGAGUCUGAGUGCCUGAAGCACCAGGGCCAGCGGGAACCCGGGAGCUUGUCACGCAAUAACAGUUUCCGUCGAAAUGUAGGCAGGGUGUUGCUCACUAAUGGUUCUCAGGCCAGCGACAAAAGUGAAGAGGGCUCUGCAGACACAGCCGACCCUCAGGAGAAUCCCUUGCAGCCGGUAUCUGUGGGUGAAGAACCCUCCGUAACUGAGCAUCAUUCUGUAGGGGAGCAGGCCUGGGAUGGCACUUCUCAAAGCUGUCCCUCAUUGCCAGCCACUGUGAGCUUCCACAUGGACAGCACAGAUCUAGAGCCGGGUCAGCAAACAGCUAUGAAGAGCUGCAGCCGGGAUGACGUAGAAAUGGUGGAGGAAUUUGAUGAAUUGCCUACAGAUGCUGUCCGUCGCAUAAGAAGAGAGCUUGUAACAGUCACAAAGCACAGUCCUGAGCAGAGGCAGGACCCGCUGUGCAUCAGCAUCACUGUGUGCACGGUAGAGAAAGACCGGCCGGCGGCUUUAGACUCCCUUGAGGAGCCUCUUCCCGGGAUGCUCUUCUUUCUGUCAUCUGGACAGGACCAGCAAGCGCACCCCCAGCUGAGGGAACACCCAGCACCAGAGGCCUCAGAGGCCAGUCAGCCUCAAGAUGCUGCUGAGGGCAGCAGUGCAGGUGAGGAGAAAGAUGCCUCUGUGGAGCCGCUCCUCCCAGCAGCCUCUCCGGGAGGGAGCACCUCGCAGGUGCUUGAGGCAGCCACGUGCAAGAAGCAGGUGUCACAGGACUUUCUGGAGACCAGGUUUAAGAUCCAGCAGCUUCUGGAGCCUCAGCAGUACAUGGCAUGCCUGCCCCACCACAUCAUAGUGAAAAUCUUCAGGUUACUCCCUACCCUGAGUUUAGCCAUUCUUAAAUGUACCUGUCGCUACUUCAAGUCCAUCAUUGAAUACUACAACAUCAGGCCAGCAGAUUCUCGGUGGGUUCGAGACCCACGCUAUAGGGAAGACCCUUGCAAGCAGUGCAAGAAAAAGUAUGUGAAAGGGGAUGUGUCCCUGUGCCGGUGGCACCCCAAACCCUAUUGCCAGGCUUUGCCAUAUGGGCCUGGCUACUGGAUGUGCUGCCACCAGUCUCAGAAGGGCUUUCCUGGCUGUAAGUUAGGCCUUCAUGACAAUCACUGGUUACCUGCCUGCCAUAGCUUUAACCGGGCAAUCCAUAAGAAGACGAGAGGGAGUGAGACGGAAGAGGAGUACUGAAGUCCAUGGGACAGGGAGGCAAGAGGACCGUGAAACACUUGGGCCAACCUCCAGGGCUGCGAGCUCCCCCGGCCCUUCCUGAUCUCUGCUCAGCUCUGACUGCCAUUGCUCAGGCAUUUUAAACUGUUUCUCAGCUGUACAAGAAUUUAGUUCCAUGGUUUUGUAUGGUGGUGCCUCACAUUAAACCUAUCCAGCUGUGAAGAACUCUUGCCUGUUUUCCUCCAUCAAGGACAUUCAGAGGUCACCAGGCAGUCUCCACAAGGGGAUCCUGAGGUGGUCCAACACUGGCUCUGCACUUGGAGUGAGUGAGGAGGGAAGCACACGGUUGAGAAUUAUGCCUCAGAAAGAAAACCAGGCACCUUACCCUAGGCCUGUAUGCUCGUUCCCGUGAGAGUGGUGACUGCAGACCGACAUGCCCUGUGCUGUUUACAGUGUGUAUAAUGGUUGUGCUUGCACAGGGCUGUGAACGUGCACAUUAAACCCGAGCGCCUUUACCUGUAGAUGAGUGCUUUGGCCCCUCUGUAAAUAACGUGAUUAAAAUUCAGUAUUGUAUAUUAUGAACAGCUGACUAAACAUAAUCACCACAGAAUAAGACAAUAUCAUAUAAUAGAUUAAAAUGUUGUGCAUCCUUUUGUCUGGUUAAAAAUUUUUUAAAAAAACUUCAAUAAAAAAAUAAACGUUUUAAAUGAG